CGCAAGAAUAUUCUUGCGUGAGUUCUCACAAGUAGGAGGUGGGUACAACUUUAACUUAAGUAUUUGAUAGCUCUUGUACCACCAGAUACGUUUAUGUAUAUGUUUACGUUCGAAGAACGACGUCAGCUUCAUCACAACCAGCACAAAUUACGUCCAUCCGGCUCCUUCUCGCCAACAAGGGAAAAUCGGAACAGAGACUGCAAACCAAACUGGUACGACGGUUGCUCGUGUUGAAGAGCACAACCUAUCGGCACUGACGAAGGAGUAGAUCCGAGGACCAGGUGAGGAACGAAGUAGAAGUCCGGAGCAAGACCUGUUGGGUCGUCAUCCCCCUGCCUUUAAUCAGCGAUGUGUCGACGAGAAUGUGGAUGAGAAAAAAGUGUGCGUUGAUGCACAGCAGCGCCAGGCUGUGGUGCGGAAUUCUCCUGUUAUUCGCAUCUACCCGCAGCUAUGCCGUGGAGCGGCGCAUGUAUUGUUUUAUUUUUUUGUGAUUGUGAUGCUGUAGCUGUAAAUAUUCUGUAUAGCCAUAUCUUCUAGUCGCUGUCGGACAUGUCUGCACAUGCGUAAACAUCGAACGACACAGCGGAUUUUUCUAUAUGCAAGCGCAAUAUCAAAACAGAAAACGGGGGAACCUCCGGGGAGCGGGUAGGAACAACCGGCAGAUACCAGCAGACGAUGAGCCUGCUGCUGCUCUUACUGGUACUACAAAAACCUCCGGCGACACGACCAGUAGCUCCAGCUCCUUCAGUGCGGCUUCCGCAGGAGUGACGAGCCGGCUCAACCAACUACGAAACAGCAUAUUCGGCGGAAGCACAAGUUCUUCUAGUGGAAAUACGGACGGGAUAGAGGCCCAACACGAGGAAGGUGUCGCAGGAACAACAAAUCCGACCUUGUUACCCGCGACUUCAGCAGGAGAUGAAUCCAGUAAUCUACCCAGCAGCCGUGCUACGGGCGAAGAAAUGGUGUCGUCCACACGACCAGGCGGGACGACCUCCGCAAGCAGUAGUUCUUUUCUCCAAGUCGAGAAUGACGUCGGUAGUAACUCCCCGAGUUCGUUUCUGGAAGUGAAAAAAGUGAAGGUGAAGAAGAAGAAACGGCGCCGAACAGCUGGUGGUGUCGUUGCCUCGUCUCGUAGUGGUCCAGGAGGGGACGACGAGCAAAUUUUACCAGGCGAAGGUGAAGAGCGAGGGGAAACUACACAGGAUGCAAAACCCGACGCGACUUCUAGUGCUGGUGCUGCAGACGCAAUGAAAGAAGACGCAACAACUGACACUGCUGAGAGCAGCAGUGCGGGCUCCAAGAAGGGAGUAAGCGAAGAUGUCGACUUUGUCGUCGACGACAGAGAAGAUGCUGAGGAGCAGAAGGGGAAAACAUCGAUAAUCUCCGGAACGUCAACAUCCUUUUCAAAGCCUGCUUCCGCAUUGCAAGUGAGUGCAACUACUAGUACUGCAACUGCGGAGAGAACUUUGGCGGAUCUUCACGCAUCAAAACACGCACCUGCUCGUGGCACAGCUGGCAGACUGGGACUGGACCAAGCGGAAAGCAGAACCUUCGGGGAAGAAGAACUAGAAAAUGAAGACGGUUCUUCCGAUUUAGAGAAUGAAGGAGUCGACGACGAGCUACUGUCUGAAGAGGAUGAGGAUGAAGAAGACCUUCAGAGUGAGGGCGAAAUGAGUGCGCGAAGAACUUCAAGCAGAAGUAGCACGACUGCACGGGGGAGCAACAGUGGACGAGACUCGUCAACAUCGAGUGUCGGCGCAGGCAGUACAUUUCCCGCAGCGUCGUCCUUCGCGAGUCUCCCCAACGUGCCCGCGAUUUCGGCGUUGCUGCAGCUCGGAGAAGCUUUGGCCAGCGUCUUCCCGGCCAGGAGUGUGAACGAGCGGGGGCGAGACAAGACUGACCACGUUGAUGCAGCUUCUUCACCUCCUACUCCAUCUCGUCGUUCUGGGCCGCUGCAGAUUUUACACGCCCAGCACAGCAAGAAGAAUAACAGUAAUCUUCCCAACAACAAACGGAUGCGAAGUCCUUCAUCAGCUUCUUCGAGUGAGACGGCUACAGAAGACGAGCUCCUGCAGCAGGAAGAAAAUGAAGAAAAAGACGAGGAUGUGGUCCAGCCCCCGGUGAACGCUUUCACCGAACUGGGGACGACUUUUGGGCACGGCCAAGGCCAACUCGGAAGGGAAGAAGAAAUACAGGAGAAUCACGUGUCUGGUCCCUCCAAAAGAAGCCGCCUAAAACGCCGCGAUGAAAGUGUGAUGGGCAACGCCGCGAAAGACGAGAUACUCGCAGUCGAGCAAGCGGCUACGCGACGUAAGUUGGCCCAAGGUGCUAGUGGAAUCAGCAGCGCGCGAGAGGAGGAACUGCAGAAAAAACGACGAGCAGCGCGUCGUAAACGGCAACAGAGAAGAAAAAAGCGCGCCAAGGAACAGCUGGCGAAACGACAGAAAGAGCAGGAGGAGGCAUCGAAAGUCCUUAAAGCGGAGCAGGCAAAGGCGGAGCGGGAGCAUAUCAAAAUGUUAAAAAAUAAUCCCCCUGCCUCAUACUCAAAGUGCCACCUCUGUACCCCUCAUUUGUUUACACAAGUACUCGAGUUUCCAUGAUGCUAGAAGGUGGGAACAAGAGAUGCGGACUGGCACGGGAAAGCGUUGCGUCCCCGGUAUCUAUGACAGGAACCAGCUCCUUGCCUAGAAUAGCGUAGCAAAUUACCUGCCAGCCAGACUAGAAAUGUAUGUCUCACUUUGCAGCUUUCUGGCAACACUUACACUACUCAACAUGUGCGCACACUCAAAAAAAAAUCAGGCAUCGCAUGGAGUCUUCUUUUGAAAAAUAUGCGGGGGGAUAAUUUUUCCCCACAAGAAUAGAGCAGGGCGGCGAGGGCGAGGAAGAGGGUGCAGCGGGAGACGGGGAGGAGGAACCAGCUGAAGUAGAGGAAGCCGAACCUUCGCCAGCAGAGAAACCAGCGAAAACAAAAAGUGGGCCUGCGCCUACGACGGAGGGGGCGGACGAGGAGGAGGAGCAACCGCCGGCAGCAAAGUCGUAUGGAACGGAAGUGAGUGAUCUUCGGGACGGCUGCUGCUAGCCUGUUUGAGGAAAAGUUCAUUGGUAUCAUCCGAGUGUACCAUGAUGAUGUGGAGCGUUUGUCAUGCAAAAAGCACACCAAGCAGAAGGUAAAAGAAUAGAAACAUACACAUAACGAUAUCGCAAGCGCGCAAAUGCAAGUCCAUGCUGCUGCUCUGGAGUGGUUGUAUGUACGUCGCGUUUUGCAUCACAAAACGACGCCACGCGGAGGCAAAUCCGCCUUAAGAAGAUGGAGCUGAUUGUGAGGGGGCUAGUAGCAGACGACCCGAGAGUCACUAACUUUAAUUUCGGUCUAUAAGCCAAAGCCCAAACCAAAAGCAGAACCAGAAGAAGAAGACGGGGCGGAAUAAAAAGAAUGACUACAGGAAGAUCUUCACUACUUACAAUCAGAACGCGUAAAUCUACCGAAUAAACCAAUAUUGAAAUCAACGGAGUUAAAUUUACUUACACUACUAACUUGUCGCAAUUUACAGACUCACCGAAAAACAACCAUUAUUUAAAUUUUUCUGUACUUUUACUUACCGCACAGCUUUUCGUUCUUACUUUUACACUUAACAGUUUCUGUUCCGAGCCGUCAGGCAAAAUAUCGUUACUUUUCAAUCAGUUAUGUAACAGCACCAAUCUCGUCGUCGUCCCGUUGACAGCCACAAUAAAUGUAUCGAACCUAGACCAGGAUAUCGCGCUUGAAAAACCCUACUGAGUGCUGUACAUAUGUGAGUAUGAAGAUAAAAUAGAAAAAAAGCCCGGAGCAAAAGUAUGUACAAUAGUGGCUUCGCAUUCGGACUCGGUGCUUCAGGUGCAAGAAGUGGAGUCCAAAUAUGAAAUCGACGACGAUCUUCACAGGCUGUAAUAGUAAUGCCGGAUGCCCUCUUCCCCUUGUCCUUCUCCUUUCGGUGGCGCUUUACUUCUGAUGAAGAAUGACGUAAUUGAUUUCAUCUGUAGAAGUUGCCGAGUAGGAUGUAAUAAAGAAGAUUUCGUUUUCACUGUAGAAAUUUUGAUGUAUACAGAUAUGUUGUAACAGUGAGUAUGGGCUUCCUCAGCUUAAUCAUAGAGAAGGGAUUAGCAAGGGAAGUAGACCUGUACAACUAGAACUGAAGAUGAAAGUUCUUAUGCUUUUCAUACUUCGCAGCGGAAAUAAAAGAAAAAGCCUUUUACUUUUCCCAUA